AUGAACCCUGAUACAUACGAUUUAAAUGAAAAUGCCAUUACCACACUCAUGAUGAUGCCAAAUGAAAAGUCACCAAACCCCACCGGCGGUAAACGGGGCAAAGAAAAAGAAUCUGACAAGAAGAAACUAACCCUGGUGCAGGGUAUAAAACAAAUUUAUUUCGAAUAUUGUGCCAACACUUCCAUACAUGGUGUACAAUAUUUGGGUGAACGACGUCCCUGGAAGGAGAAACUGUUUUGGGUUUCGGUGUUCUUUGUUUCGAUUUGCUGCUGCACAAAUUUAAUACAAAAUAUCUAUGAGAAAUGGACGGAGACACCGGUGAUAGUGAGUUUUUCGGAAAAAUCAACACCAGUCUGGAGUAUACCAUUUCCGGCGGUUACCAUAUGUUCGGAAACAAAGCGAACUGUGAGGAAAGAUGGUAAGUGAACAACCUAUAUGCAGCUGCUAAAUAAAUUAAAAACCGAAGGUAAUGAUUUUCGACCAAACAUCAACUCAACUGAAUUCCAAGAAUUCCUUACCCUUUUGCACAUUUGUAAUACCCAAAUAAUUGAUGAUCGUAUGCAACGUUUGUCACAAACCCCACUCGAUUAUAUUGGUAUACUAAAUGAAAUGCUACCGGAAUUUAGUCGACAUUAUUUCUAUUGUAAAUGGUUUAGUCACUUUUGUGAAUGUAAUCAAUUGUUUACCAAAUCCUAUACGGAGGAAGGAGUCUGCUAUACCUUUAAUGGUUUAAAUGGUACAGAUCUGUAUCGUGAAAACACGGUACAAUAUCAACAAAUGGGUUUGGAAAGUACGGUGAAAUAUUCGGAUAUUGUAAAUCGUACACUGAGUUGGUCAUUGGAACAGGGCUAUUCGUUGAACAGUGGUCUACACACAUAUCCCGCCAGGGUGUUGAGUGCUGGUGCCCGUGCUGGGCUAUUUAUUGUUUUGCAAAGUUUUAAAGAAGAACUCGAUUAUGGUUGUCGUGGUCCCAUACAGGGAUUUAAAGUUUUACUCCAUUCACCCGAUGAUGUACCCUUGGUAUCCAAACAAUUUGUACGCAUACCAAUGGGUAAGGAAAUUUUAAUUGCCGUCAAACCCAAUAUGAUAACCACUUCAGCAGGUAUUGCAGAAUAUGAACCGAAUCGUCGUCAAUGUUAUAUGACCAAAGAAAGAUCGCUAAAAUUCUUUAAAGUUUAUUCCCAAAACAACUGUGAGCUGGAAUGUUUGGCCAAUUAUACGCUGAAAAAAUGUGGUUGUGUUAAAUUUUCAAUGCCACGUACACCCGACACCCCUGUCUGUGGUGAAGAUAAAAUCCAUUGUUACGACCGUGCUGAGGAUAGCCUUUUGCUAAAAGAAUUCACCGAAGGUCUGAAGGACAUUCUAAUGGAAGAUCGUUUGGAAACCGAAUGCAAUUGUAUGCCAGCAUGUACUGCCUUGGAAUAUAAUACGGAAAUUUCUCAGGCAAAUUUUGAUUUGUCCGAUAUGUUGGAGGCAACUGGAAAUUUAGAUUAUUUGCAAGACAAUCCUGGAGCACAAAUGUCGCGGUUAUCGAUUUAUUUUAAAGAAAAUCAAUUUAUUACCUCAAAACGAUCUGAGUUAUAUGGUGUAACGGAUUUUCUUGCCAAUUGUGGUGGUAUUUUUGGUUUAUUUAUGGGAUUUUCUAUAUUGAGUAUGGUUGAAAUGAUUUAUCACUUUUCAUUGCGUUUAUGGUCGAAUAUGAGGCAUCAAAAUAAAUAG